GGAGUCACUCCUCCAGGGGCUGGAUCUGGAUGCUGAUGUGUUGCUGACCAAACUCUCGAACACUAGAACUUUCCCCUCAUACUUUAUCAACAGCAAAUCCCUUCAUUUACCGAGGCCGGGCGUGUUAACAUGCUUCAUCCGUGAGCAUCUGAGCGCAGGACUCCCGUUUAUCCUCCGUUUCUAUUUAUUUGUGAGAUUGAAUCAACAGGUGGCUCGCGCGAUGCCCAGCCAGACUCUGCGCCCGCGUCUCUGCGUCCUGGAGAAGGGCGAGAACGGAUACGGCUUCCACAUGCACGGAGAGAAGGGCAAGAGCGGCCAGUUCAUCCGCCUGGUGGAGCCCGACUCCCCCGCCGAGGUGUCCGGUCUGCGCGCCGGGGACAGGCUGGUGUUCGUGAACGGAGAGCGCGUGGAGAGCGACAGCCACCAGCAGGUCGUGGCGAGGAUACGCGCGAGCGCCGGGAACCUGGAGCUCAUAGUGGUGGACGUGGACACCGACCAGCUGCUGAAGAAGCACGAGCUGAAGUGUCUCAAGGAGUUUGUCACGGAGGGCGUCCCGGUGCCCGAGUGUGACGAUGAGACCGAGAGCAGCGACGAGGUGAUGCGGGAAGACACACCACCGCCGCCGGUGCCCGAGAGGAACGGAGAAAUCAUUCCCGUACACCUUCCCGUGGAGGAGAAACCCAGAACAUCCGUGAGCUCAGAAACGGACUUGAAGACCCAGCUCAGACCCCGGCUAUGUGUCAUUAAGAAAGGCCCCAGUGGCUUCGGCUUUAACCUGCACAGCGAGAAGUCCAGACCCGGCCAGUUCAUCAGAGCUAUAGAUGACCACUCGCCAGCACAGAGGUCCGGCCUGAGGCCCAAAGACCGCAUAAUACAGGUCAACGGGGUUCUGGUGGAGGGGAAGAAGCAUGCCGAGGUGGUGGCUGCUAUUAAAGCCGGGGGUGACACCACGACACUCUUGGUCGUAGAUCCAGACACAGAUGCUUUCUUCAAGAAGUGUCGAGUAACGCCCACUGCAGAACACCUCAAAGGACCGCUGCCUGAACCUGUGGUCAAUGGAGACAUGGAGGACACGGUUAAUGGAAAUGUGGCCAAAGACGUGGAGCUGAAGGACUCAAAGCUAUCAAUCAGUCCGUCCCCAUCCAAUGCAUCCUCCAUUGGCUCCCUCACGACUCCGCCCACUGGGACUCCACCCCCUGAGGCCGUGGAGCCAUCCAUCAAAGAAGCGAUCCCAGAGCUCCGUCUGUCCCUCCAGCAGGUGAAAGAGCGCGCUCACCAGAAACGCUCCAAUAAGAGAGCUCCACCCAUGGACUGGAACAAAAAAAAUGAACUCUUCAGUAACCUUUAGACCUCCGGUCGCCCGUCCACCCAUUCAUCCCUCCAUCAGCUUUGUUUAAGACUUGAUGAAACAGAGAGUAGGCUCAAUAUGAUGCAUCUACAUGUACACACAGAUUUAUAUGUAUUCGGAAUUAUGUAUAUUAAUUACUAACAGAUUAUAUUAGAUUACAUCAGGAAAUUGAAUGUAAUGUUGUACAACUGUGAUGUAUUACAAUCACUGGCUGUGUUCAGAAAGGAGUACUAACUUACUGUAAUAUGAUGCUCACUGAAAUGCGUACUGUUUUAGAAUAUAGUAAAACAGUAGUAGUAGUGUAAUGCAUACUGUGGUAUUGUAGACUUUUGUCACACAACCACUACAUUGCAUGUUUAAUUUAAGAAGCAGCAUCCACUUAUCAUCUUGAAAAUAAAGUUUAUUUUGAAUUAAUUCAGUGUUGUGUAAAAAUGACUUUAAAAAGUUGAAAAAAAACUUUAAAAGUUGAUUAAACAGGAGAUGAAAACUUCCAAGUUCAUUGGAAAUGGAAAGCCUGGUCACAUUGCAUUGUGGGAUAUUACAGCAACUGUGCACACAAUACAUUACACAGAAGAUAAUAUUAUGUUAGUAUGCUAUUCUGAACAGAGCCAUUGUUUAUAAUCCAGCGUGUUUGACAUAGAGCAGAUGUGAUUCUGCCAUGUGUGUUCUGUGAAUUGGUUUCUGACUGAUUUUGUUUUUUAUAGCCACUCUCAGUUUAAUUUCUCUACCAAUUCUGUUGAGAUUCAUUUCAUUGUUUUAUAAUGAAGGACCAAAUGAAGAGUGGAUAGAAGUGAAUCCUGAACUCCUAUCAGCCAAUGUGUGUGUUUGAUGAUUUCUAAUGACUGAACAUGUUUAGUAAUACUGCUUUCUAUUAUAAACAGAUGAUGCCCAAAAGACAUUGAAAUCGAAUCUGCAAUGAAGUAUUUUGUAUUAAAUACAACAUUAAAUAGACAAAGGAUUGCGUGGAGCUCACUGUGUAAGGUUUACUGAGACAUCUGCUAAUUGUUUCUGUUUUCUCUCUUUCUCUAUGUAGUACAGUGCUGACACGCCAUUGCAUAAUCUGCACUUCUGAUCAAUGCAGUGUCGUGUCUUACAUGUGUGCACAUGUGAAUGUUAUUUCUGUUGUUUUUGUUUUGUUUUUUGAGUCUUCUGAAUGCUGUAAACUCACGUAACAUUAAGACUGUAAUCAUAAUAGUUAGUAUGAAAAGUUUUGUAAAACGUGUUUGAAUUGUAUUUCGCCAUGUUGAAACGGCGUGACGUCAGAGACCAUCCUCACGCUCAUUGGCUGCCGCCUCAGUAGAUACGCCAGUGUUCUUUGGCGAGUGCGAAGCGCGAAAAUUAGUCAACGGAACACACUUUAACAGCGUGUUUUUAUACAGUCUGUGGUUUCAUCUCGUUGGACAGGUAAGUGAAUUCAUGUCUCUCAACACUCAGUAGCUAAGGAACUGCUGAAUGCAGCUGGUUAACUUAAAUGUCAAACUUUUUAUACAUAGCCUACCUGUUGGUAAGGAAAUCCAAAGCACUAUUCCAUGCAUAAUUAAGAUAAAGAAGUGUAGUCACGUAAAUAUCCUAAGUUAUAGUCGUGUUGAUGAAUCUAUGCUAUUUGCACGUAAUUUACUUUGAUGUACAUUUUCAAAGAGCAAAACGUAUAAGUAUUUUACACUGAUUUAGGCAUAAACCUGCACUAAUUUUUCACCAAAGUUUACUGUGGAAAAAGUACCAGACAGAACAGCAGUGCUGAUAGAAACCAACACCUUAAAACGAACACCAUGUACACAUAUUAGCAUGAACGCUAAACCAUCACACAGCUGAGUUAAAACUAGAAAUUAGGACUGGUAAUUUAACUCGUUAAAACGAUCAACGCAUUUAACGCACUUGCCCCGCCCCAGACCUCUGUGGAUCAUCUGCCAUUUCAUACAGUUGAUUGAUGACUAAUAUGAAGCAGGACAACAACUUACUGUGUGUUGGAGCCUAGAGAAUAUCCCUAAAAUUCAAGAUAUGGGGCAAAACUCCCGUUUGAGAUUGUGUCUCAUAUUUACAUCAUAGCUAUAGUUAAGAAAUACCACACUUCUGCAAAUGUGAUACUCAUCUUGUAUAACAGUUCAUUAAGAAGUUAAUAUUGUUAUUUUUGUCAUCUCUGAGCAACCCACAUCAGCAUUUCAUUUCUUGAUCCAUAUUUUUUGUUAAAUAUUUGUUGAACUUUGAUGUUAUAUGAAAUAAAAUGUAUUUCUUUGU